AUGAGGUGGGAUUGCCAUGGUACGUUUCUUCAUUUUGCGAUUCUGAUAUUGCUUUGGAACAGGACCUCUGCUCAGAUCCGUUAUUCCAUUCAAGAGGAGUUAAAAAUUGGCACGAUAGUUGGGAAUAUAGCUAAAGAUAUGAGCUUUGACAGAAGGACACUGGCUGAUCGGAAUCUCCGCAUUGUUUCGGGAACAAAACAGGACCUUUUUCAGGUAAAUCAGAGAGAUGGCGCUUUGUUUGUGAAUCAGAGAAUAGACAGAGAGGAGCUGUGCGGUAAAAGCACUCCGUGUAUUGUUAAUCUGAAAGCUGUAAUAGAAAACCCUCUAGAAAUGCAUCACGUUACAGUGGAGAUAUUAGAUGUAAAUGACCACUCUCCCAGUUUUCCGGAUCCGGAGUAUCGUUUGGAAGUAUCAGAGUCUGCCAUGACAGGGGCUCGUUUUCAGCUAGAAGGGGCAAACGACCCAGACAUAGGAUUACAUACUUUACGAUUUUACAAACUGAGCCAAAACGAUAAAUUUGAGUUGGAGGUAGAGGAUCUCACCCAGGACAGCAAAACACCGUUUUUAAUAUUGCGAAAGCCUUUGGAUAGAGAACUUACUCCGCAAUAUAAUUUGCUACUGACCGCACUGGACGGCGGCAGCCCGCAGAAAUCUGGAACACUGAAUAUUUCUGUGAUUGUUCUGGAUAUUAAUGACAAUGCACCAGUGUGUGAACAACAAAAAUAUACAGUCCUCGUGCAAGAAAAUAUGGCAGUGGGUACGUUUUUAUUACGAGUUAAAGCUGCUGAUAGUGAUGAGGGACUAAACGGUGAGGUUGAAUAUUCCUUACGUAGUAAAUUUAGGAAUACGCCCUCCGAGGUAUUUGGUUUGGACAAAGUAACUGGAGAAAUGAAAGUUGUAGGAAAAAUAGAUUUUGAAAAGGAACAGAUGUAUGAAUUAAAGAUUCAAGCCUCCGAUAAAGGGCAGGUUCCGCUGUCCACGCACUGUAACGUGUUUGUAAAAGUAAAGGACAUGAACGACAACAAGCCAGAGAUUGACGUCACCUCUCUGUCUAGUCGGAUUCCGGAAGACGCGCCUCUUGGUACAGUCGUAGCGCUGAUGGGCGUGACCGACUUGGACACCGGUGUGAACGGACAGGUAGUUUGCACAUUACCUGGAGACCUGCCGUUUGAUCUGAAACCUUCUUCUGAGGGGAACUUUUAUUCGUUAGUGACUAAGAGCCCCUUAGACAGAGAGUCAAUUCCUCAGUAUGAUAUAACCAUCACAGCGAAGGAUCUCGGAACCCCCUCAUUAUCGAGUGUGAAAACAAUCAGGGUGGAGAUUUCAGAUAUUAACGAUAACAGUCCGGUAUUCACUCAAGACCCGUACACCUUGUACUUACUGGAAAAUAACGCUCCUGGCGCGUCCAUAUUGACAGUUAGCGCCUCUGAUGCAGAUGAAGGAGAAAACGCGCUGGUUUCCUAUUCAUUUGGGCACGUGAGCGCAGGCUCGGGUCAGAGUGUGACAUCCUUCUUAAAUAUCAAUCCUGAAAAUGGGAAUAUUUACGCAUUGAAAACCUUUGACUUUGAAACACUUAAAACCUUUCAAUUCCAAGUGGUAGCUAAAGACUCAGGAAGACCGUCCCUAAGCAGCAACGUCACAGUGAAUGUCUUCAUUCUGGAUCAGAACGAUAACGCUCCAGUGAUCUUGUCUCCGAUGAGCGCUAACGGUUCCGCUGAAGGCGUGGAGGAGAUUCCCCGCAAUGUGAACGCAGGCCAUUCGGUGACGAAAGUGAGGGCCUAUGACGCUGAUAUAGGAUACAACGCCUGGCUCUCGUUCUCACUGCAGCACGUUCCCGACCCCAGUCUCUUUGGCUUAGAGCGCUAUACAGGAGAGAUCAGGACGCUACGAUCAUUCAUGGAAACAGACGAGGCUGAGCAUAAACUGGUCAUCCUGGUAAAAGACAAUGGGAACGUUUCACUGUCAGCAACAGCAACUGUGAUCAUCACCGCCGUGGAGCCCAAAGAAGCAUUUGCAGCUUCUGAUAUUAAAAGCACAGUAAAAACCGAAGAAGAGAACAACUUAACUUUUUAUCUGAUGAUCACACUGGGGUCAGUUUCAGCGCUCUUUCUCCUGAGUAUUAUCGGUUUGAUAGUGAUGCAGUGCUCCAAACCUCCAGACUAUUCGUCCAAAUAUUGCCGGGACUCCAAUUACGCAGACACGAGCGGGAACGGGACACUGUGUCACAGCAUCCAGUACAGAUCCGGAGACAAACGGUACAUGUUAGUUGGACCCAGAAUGAGUAUCGGUUCUGCUAUUGUCCCCGGCAGUAAUGGGAAUACUCUAGUCGUUCCAGAUCACAGGAGGAGAAUCUCAGGAGAGGUAAGGAGUUAUGUGUGA